AAACAUGAGUAGCAAAAAUCACGUGUCGGUUUCCCCAAUGUUAAAGUUAUACAUUUCACUGGGUCGCUAACAUUUUCAGCGUGUUUAUCAACAUAGCUAACCACUUUAACGAUGCCAUAGAAUUUACAUGGAAUAGAAUUUAUUCUAUGGUCCGUGUGCAACAUUGUGCGUUCCAGUUCCUUUACAAGGGGGUGGUGCUGCUGUUUUAACUGCUUAGAUAAUUUUGUUUUUACUUGAAGAAAUUUAUAUUGUAUACGAUAAAUUGAGUUAGUGUGGUAGAAUAAAAGUGACAUGUCAAAAAUAUGCAAGAAGACGCCCUAUUCAAAGGGAGUCGACAGUCACCAAAAGUACCUAUCCAGAAUAACCAAGACUCUCUACUAUGGAAAAUUGCCUAGAUCUGAUGUAUUAAGUUUUCCAGUAACAGAAUUGGCAGUAGAAAUGUUUUCUGAAGUGCAAAAGGGGAAAUCACUGGAUAGACUCCACUGGGAUACUGCGGCACAGAUUUCACGCAAUGCUUCUGUUUCACCUUGUUCUCUAGUUCUGGCAAUGUUGUAUUUUGAUAGACUCAAGAAUUGUAAACCUGAAUAUUUAGAAAGGACCGCCCCUGCCGACUUAUUCUUGGUUUCUUUGAUGGUGUCUUCUAAAUAUUUGUUUGACGAUGGGGAAUGCAAUGAGGUUUUUAUGAAAAGGUGGGCUAACUCUGGUGGCAUAACGUGCAAGCAACUCGUUUCUUUGGAAAAGGAAUUUCUUAAAGCCAUAGAUUGGGAAAUUUAUGUCAAUGAGCUAGCAUUCUGGAAGAAGCUAGGAGAAGUUGAAACUGAACUAGCUAAAAGGCAAGCAAUGCCAAGGGGACACUUCACAUACACAGAGCUGCAAGUUUUAGCGGCAGUUUUGGAUAUUCAAAACAUAAUCCAUUGCAUUUUUGCCGUUUCCCUUAUUUUGGCAGCCACAUACACCGCAGGACUGAUGACACUGACAGGUUCUGUGUUUUUAGCGAGUCACAUACCCGGCACUAGCCUGUACUUACGGAAAAUGGAUUAUCUACUUCCGAUCGAAAGCUGCAUCGUAAAACCCGAAGAGAAAACGAAUUUUACACUCGAUUUACACGAAAAUAAGACUGACCUAACCAAUAACUCUGGUUCAUGGAAUAUCGUUAAGCUUCUAAAAACCGGAAUAUUAUUAGCGUCGAUAAAAGCGGACAUUUCUGACACAGUUGAUAACACCACCAGUGCGGAAUUCAAGAGUAACCAUCAGUCUAUGAGUUGGGAUUGGUGGAAUGUUCCGAUAAUGAAUUGGCUGACCAAGACGGCACAAAUUAUAGACCAGGUGGAAAUACCACUAAGGAACUAUGUGUAUUUUCUGGAAAGUGCGGUAGUCGGAUCGAAACACUUAUAUUUGGAAGAUCAUAUUCACAAGGCAACGAAAACCCGAAUCCAAGACCAAAUGGAAAGCUCAUGGCAUAAGGAGUGGAUCGACAGCCUGAGCUAUCCACUUUACAGUUACCAGAUUCUUCCUUAUUUGCGCAACAUCAAGUCUUGAAAAUUAUCACUUUAAUUUUUUUAAGACUCCUACAAUGUUCACCAGUCUGCCAAAAUAUCUAAUUUCGUUUUUAAAACGUUUGAAAUAAAUGGA